AUGGCUUCUCUUCCUACCAUUGCCGUUCUCAUUUCAGGCUCGGGCUCCAAUUUACAAGCUCUUAUUGACGCCAUUCAGUCGGGUGCACUAAAGGCCAACAUUGUGGUGGUGGCAUCCAAUCGUAAAGCGGCUUAUGGACUUGAGCGUGCAGCCAAGGUGGGCAUUCCAACGCGUACAUUUUCAUUGAAAAAGUUCAAGGAUGCUGGCAAGACACGUGUGGACUUUGAUAUUGAGUUGGCAAAGACGAUCCAAGAAGAGUAUAAACCCGACCUUGUGGUGCUCGCAGGGUUUAUGCAUAUUCUGUCACCCGAAUUCUUAUCCUUCUUCCCUCGCAACAAUGUCAUGAAUCUUCAUCCCGCCCUUCCCGGUCAAUUUGAUGGUGCUCAUGCUAUUGAAAGAGCCUAUGAUGCUUAUAAACAAGGCAAGAUCCAACAUACCGGUGUCAUGGUCCACAAGGUGAUUGCCGAUGUCGAUCGUGGUCAGGUCAUCUUGCAACGACAAGUGCCUAUUCUUGAAACAGAUUCAUUGGAGGAUUUAGAAAAUAGGAUUCAUAGUGUUGAGCAUGAGAUCAUUGUUGAAGGUGCACAAAAGUUUUUGGACGAGUUAACACAAUAA